CACUUAUCCCUGAGUCCCGAGAAGCCAAAACCCCCUGCCCAGGUGUCAGAACUGCCCUCAACAGUUCGUCAGAGCAAAGCGUCCUGUCUGUCCCAGCAAGAAUAGGUGGCCGCGUGUGCCCUUCAUAGAUCACAAGCUCGUCCGUUUUCACAAAGGGGCAUUAAAGAAAAGGAAGAAAAGGAGGGCUUUUGCUGACAAUAAAGACGGGGAGUUUUUGCGGGGAAAGAGUGACUUUUGGAAGAGAACCUGGAACCUUCAGGUCGUGGGUACCUGCCCAAGGCAAUUGGUUUUAUUCACCGCGCAAUUGAAAUCCACUCCCCGCCCAACUCCCACGCACCCAGGGCCGAUCCACCACUCGGCGUCCCUACAAUUGCCUUAUUACAUGAACAUCCGCUCCCCACCACACACACCUCCCUUCUCUCUCCAUCUCUGGUCUAUUACCAACCGACCUUGAACCAACAUCGUCGACAUUUGAUAUUCGAUCACCAGCAACAACUACCUGCUCUUCGAAUCGAAGCUACAGUGUUACCGACGAACAAGACUUUCGCUGCGACUCACUCCAUCAGUCGUCGCUGCACAGAAAAAGAGAAAACGUCGACGGGUCCACCAACAGUUUGAGCUGGAAGGUUGACUAGGAGGAACAGACUUCGACUACAAUCACCACAACCAGAGUUUCCAGACGUCCAUCCGAGCCAAUACGAGCAAUCCGCCAGGUCUCGAACGUGCGCCGUUGGUGAAGAGCAGAUCCCCAAAAACGUACGGAUCGCUUCGAAAACCUUUGAUUCCUUCAAAUACGUGGGACCGACCUUCGUGAUCGACCGUCGCGAAUAAUCUGCCACGAUUGAUCCUGACUGCACUGUAGAAUCUGCUCGAGCACCCGAGCAGCCACAGCAGUCAUCAUGCCGCAGUCCUUAGAGAUACCCGUCCUCACAGUGGACGCCAAUGUCAUUCACAAGGUGGACACCACCAAACCAGAGAACCUAUUCAGCAUGUGGACAGUUUUCGCCAGAUGCCGUGACUCAGUUGCCCACGGCAGAAGACUAGAAAACCUCAGCUGGCGCCUCUGGAACAGAGAAACCUUUUGCUGCGAGAACGGUGAAGUUCUCGUCUCGUCCUCCGCCACAAGCCAACCCCGAGAUAUUCAGUAUCCUCGCGGCGCGAGCGAUGAGGAGCUUCCGCAGCUCUCCGCCAGCGUCGACUCGGUCGCUGACGAAGAGGCCGUUGACCUUUCAUCCGAGCAAGCCCCCUUGGACAUUGUACGCCCAAGGAUACUCAGACAGGAUUCUUGCGCCAGCAGCCGUAGUCGAGGCCGUGAAAGGCACAUCACUUCGGACGAGUUGGAGAAGAUGGUCGUUCAGAUCAUGGAUGGAAAGGCCCCUCUUCAACCCAUUGAGUACACGCUCCCUGCAUCGAUCGAAGAGAAGCCAUCGUGCCCACCCGACAGCGAACACUCCGGCUCCACUACCGACGAAUCCCCCCAGACCUCCGAACACAACACUCCUCAUUCCCUGCCCUCAGAGCCCGAAAACACUCCCGAGGAGCCGGCAAUGCAGACAAUUGUGACCCGUGGCUUUUCCACCUCUCCAUUGCCUGCGUGCCGUAUCACCUCGCCAGCCGCUUCUCCCGCUUCUCACAAUGACGCCAUCCCUCUUCCUACUGAGGCCCCAGCGCCCAAGUUUGUCCAGCCUAAGAAGCAAGCUGCGAGGUUUGCUCUUGGCGGUUCUGGGUCGUGCUCAUCGGGCUCAGAUAACUCCUACAGCCCCGAAAAGGUCGAGAUCAGAAAGCAGGUCCCGGCCAAGUCCAAGAUGUUCCAGCUUGGAGUUGCCUCGUCAGACGAGGAUGGAUCUCUCAAGGUCCCCGAAGUCCUCAACAGAGCCCCCUCCGUGAUGAACGCGCACAAGAAGACUGCUUCCUUCAACAACGAGGUGGUUACCCAAACAUUUGAGUCUUCUGCUAUCAGUGACUCUGAGUCCGAGUAUCUUGACGAGAGCGCAAUUGAUGAUGAUGAGGAUGACUGGGAGGAGGACGAGUCGGCCGAGGAGAGUGGCAAGUCAAGCAUGGAGGACAAGAUCCACUUCAAGCGCGUUGACUCAACUGCCAACCUUACCUCAAGGCGAUCUCUCCUUACUCUCGCUUUGGCGGGCAACAGCGGUCUUAGCCGUGCUCAAAAGUACUCCAAUAUUGCUUCGCAGUCUACCUCGGCCAUCCCCCGCACUCGGGCCGCACUUAACGGACCAUCCGUCGUCGCUUCCCCGAAUGACUCGGAUGACGCGCCACUCAUGAUGAAGAACAGGGGCCCUUCUCGCGCCCCUCCAAUGCGCCCGAUCACCGAGAUUCCUCGGUCCCAAGCUCAGCCCAUCAACACAAUGGCCAUGGGGAUGCACCAUCAGGCCGCCUUCUCCCCGCGCACCACUCGGCGCAACAUGCUGGCUACCGAGCUCACAGAGUCUCUCCGAAGAAACCUUCUCCACGAACGGUCGCAAAAAACGUCGACUGCUAAUGCCGUCCUUAAGCGACGCCACACUUCCCACGAUGUUGCCAAUCUCAAGCAAUAUCCAGAACGUCCUUACAUGAAGAAGGGCAACGAGACCAACAACCGGGUCUGGGACGACCAAGUCUUCGACAAGAACGCCUUCACCGGCUACCAUGCUCAAGGCUGGUAAACACCCACCGGCCAAACACAUCAACCACGACAUAUAACCCAUCAUCGCACAUAACACACACGUCUUUACUUUUAAGAUACCCAGGGAGGCAGCAACCGUGGCAUCUGGCAAGCGGUCAUGCUGUCGUGUAUUAUUUUUUGAUUCGAGCAUUUGCGAAAGCGGCUACGGUUUUACGACACAUCAUGCAUGAAUCGGAAGGCGUUUUGCAGUUUAAUGGGCAUCUUUUCAUUCCGGCAUUGCAUUCAUCAAUUCGACCCCUUAAUAUCUGGGAGGUGGGAAAGGGGAAACUAAUUUGGGGGUCGAAUGGUCUUGGGCUUGGCAUGGCUAUGGUUUUUGACCGAUGUUUACAAUGGAUGGCAUCACUGCCCUCGGGCUCUCUUUGGUUGGGAGAGCUUUUCUGCUUUUCAUCAUUGUGCAAACAUUUGAACCGGCGUUUUUCUUUUUCUUUUUUUUUGGUUUUGGGGUCACAUGAUACCACGAUCAGUCAGCAUUGUUUUUCCCCGACCUGAUCGACUGUUUUUAUCUUCUGUCAUAGCAAUUGGUCAUGGGAUUGGGCCAUUGCAAGUUUUUUUUCUUUCUUCACAUGCACACACAACACACCACGCAUCAAAAAAAAAAAAAGAGGAGCAACGAAAAAGGGUCGGACGGACUGGCGGUGGGCUUUAGGUGGGCGGGGGUGUAUGUACGUUAUGGCUGAGCCGGAUCGGACCCUUCUCCUGGUCGUGGUGGUGGUGGUGGUUGGCAAAGUUGUGUGGGGCAUGCAGAGCUAGCAAGGAGGAAGGGGUGGUGGGUGGUGGUGACAAAAAAGAAUUGCGUGUUGCAAAACAAUGCGGGCUGGAUGGAUGGAGGGAGAUGGGGGGAAAGAAUAGGAAGCUAAAAUUCCUUGAUUAUGAAAAGGAAAAUGAACAAAAAAAAAACAGAAAAUUAACUCAAAAAGAACAGAACAAAACAAAAUGAAAAUUAUUAUGACAACUAG